AUUGGAAAGUUCAUUCCAAGAAAGGCCCUUGAGCCAGCGAUCCUCGAGGGAGUUGAUGAGGAAGACUUUGUUCGUUGCUGUGAGUGUGUGUACUCUGGGGACUACUCUGCUCCAUAUCCUAUUCCAGGAUCAUCCGAAGGUGAUAAAUCGCAGCCGAUAGACGUGGAAAAGCAGUGCCAGAAGGCGGCAAAAAGAUGGGAUCCAUCUUAUCUAACUUGGAACCUCUUCCAUCCGGUCUAUGCAGCAGUGUUUUUGACUCACACUGAAAUUCAUCGCUUUGCAUUCAGAACAGGCUGGUAUCCCCUGAGGGUUCUAUCUUACUGCCGGUUUCUCCGAUUGCUUGAGAAAUUCACAGUAUUUAAAGCACGGACGGGAGACAUCGUUCAGCUAUUGGAAUUUGUUUUCGAAGAUAGUGAGUAUAUGCAGAAUCUGGCAAGUAUGGCGCGAGACUACAUGGUCUGGAAUGUGGAGAUGAUUAUGCGGAAAGCCGACUUCAAAAGUUUUCUGCAGCGGAACUCCUUAGAACAGACUGUCUUUCGUUCAAUGUGGUACAGUCGUUCUUGA